UGGCUGCUGGAAAGAGGGGAAAGCAAACAAUUUUUAGGCCCGCCGCGUUCAGCAAAAAAUAUGAGAAAAAAAUUAUUAAAAAUCCGGGGAAUAGUUGAAAGUGAAGAAAAACGCCGUAGAAAGGAUGCUAACGCUCCCACGGGACAAUCCCCCCGGAGCAACCUGGAGUUAAGUGCCUUGCUCAAGGACACAAUGGUGGUGGCUGUGGUGAUCGAACCAGCGACCUUCUGAUUACCAGACCUUGAGUCUCUGCUGUGUUGAAGAUUUGGGCUUUCUCACUCUGUCUGUGCCAGGACACAUUGCACGUGUCCACCACAUGGCUUGCUGUCGCUAAGUUGCCAUGGCAACUGUAGCUCCUAACGACUGCCCCGCCGCGGCAGAGCGCUGUCGAGUGAGGAAGAGGAGGGUGGAGGGGAAAGUGAGGAAGAACUUCUCCUGUCAGUUGUGCGAGAAGGCCUUCAACAGCUUGGAGAAGCUGAAGGUGCACUCGUACUCCCACACGGGAGAGAGGCCGUAUCGCUGCACACACACCGACUGCACCAAGGCCUUCGUCUCCAAGUAUAAACUGCUACGGCACAUGGCCACACACUCGCCAGAAAAAACACACAAGUGCAGCUACUGCGAGAAGAUGUUCCACCGUAAAGAUCACCUGAAGAACCACCUCCACACUCACGACCCCAACAAAGAGGCUUUCAGCUGCACAGAAUGCGGCAAGAGCUACAAUACCAAGCUGGGCUUUCGACGGCAUCAAGCCCUGCACGCCGCACACCGCGGAGACCUCACCUGUCAGGUGUGUCUGCAGCCAUACCCGAGCACCCCCCUACUGCUGGAGCACCUGCGCGGCCAUGCCGGGAAAAGCGCUACCGCGACUAAGGAGAAGCGGCAUCAGUGCGAGCACUGCGAGAGGCGUUUUUACACCCGUAAGGACGUUCGACGCCACUUGGUCGUGCAUACGGGACGCAAGGACUUCCUGUGCCAGUACUGCGCCCAACGGUUUGGCCGCAAAGACCAUCUGACCCGCCAUGUCAAGAAGAGCCACGCUCACGAGCUGCUAAGGGUUAAAGCGGAGCCUGUGGACUUGAUGGAGCCACGUUCCUCGCCAGCAUCUGGGCCCCUCGCUUUGAGGUAUCCGCUAGGUCACGCAUCUUACUCGCCAACGCCGCCCUUGAGGGCGGAGAUCGAAAGUUAUCUCCUUGAGCUACAGGCCGAGGAUCCGCCCAAGCUGAGUGCUGCUGCCACGGCGACCGGAGAGACGACGUCGUCCCUGGACUUCCUGUCUCCGCUGUUUAACUUUCUGCCUUACAACCAAGGGGCGGGGCCUGCUUUGGGAGUGCCUUACAGCCAGGAGGAGGGGCUACAUCUGCCUACACCCAUGCAAGACACGCCCGAGUCUCUUAGCCUCCUUCACACAAUCACGCACUCGCACACGCUCCCACAAACCAACGUACUCGCUCCUACUUAUACUCACCCGCCAACUCUGAAUACAACCACCACCCUGCCUCGCUUCCACCAGGCCUUCCAGUAACCCAAAUAGAUACACUCACUUAUAAUUAUUAUAGCACUUAAUUACUUUUGUAAUAAGCUUAGGCCUUAGUCAAAUUCAAACAACCUGGUUUUAAUUGCGUUGCACGUAUCACGGCAGUUUCCUUGUAAAAUGAACUCUAGAGGCGCUACAACAAGAAUGACGAUUAUUCAUGUUCACACAAAUCACAAGUAAAACGGCAGAUUAUCAGUUAAUAAACACUUACUUUCCACCCUGUUUUACACAAUGCUAUUUGAAGACAUUUAAACACUUUUACUAUAGUAGUGCAUGACUUACAGGUGAUGCAUUUUAACGUUUGCAUUACAUAACGAACUACAAGCUAGUUGCUCAACUGAUAGAGCGCUGCACUUGCAAUGCAAAGGACUGGGGUAUGUGUCCUGAAGAGCACGCAAGUCGAUAUGUGAGCCGAAAGUAUCAUAGAAGCACCACAAAAUUACACGGUUGCUUCAGCAAUUGCAUUAUUACACUAUCGGUUAGGUUUAGGUUUAGCAUCGGUCGGUUUUGCUCAUUUAAAACUCUGUUGCAUCCACCUUAACCUCAUCAGUUUGGGAGAAAAUAUAACUCGCUUUUAGCGCCACACAGUGGACAUUUCACCUCGGAACUGCCACGGUACGUGUAAUGAACCAUCGCACGUGCAAUAUCGUUUCGCAAAAAUUGUUGCCUGAAUGAGAUCAGGCUGAAUUCAAACUAGCACAGAGCCGCACCGAUACUCGCCAUGGCAACGGUUACCUUCCUCAAGUCCGUGCUGCAUUUCGAGGGUAUUUCUUGAGGACAAUGUCAUAUUUUAGGUCAUUUCAAGAGGUCACAAAUGCAUUUCUUAUUUUAGUUUCUAUAUAGAGGUGUUUUAGCAAUCAUAUUAGCAAUGGAGGAUGCCAAACAUCGGCUGACAACUGUAACUAAACAAGCAGGGCUCGGUUUGCAGUGAAGUUUCACUUACAAUAUCGGCAGAGACAGAGAGAGCAUAGCUUUUAAAGUCUUCUCAUUAGCACUUUGAACUUCUAGUGGUGUUGAAGUUCCAUCAAAAUCUACAAGAUAGUUUGUCUAAUGUCGUUUUCGUCUGUUUGUUCUUUGUAUGGCUCAUAAACUGUGGGGUACCAGCGUUUUAGUGACCGUGUCACAACUCUUCACAGCCAAAGGAAACCAAACCCCUCAUAGCUAUAGAGAGGAAGGCUCAUCUCGUACGUUUCUUGUUCUGGAUUGUUGUCUUGUUCUCGUUUUGUUGAUGGCUGUACGCCUUCAUGCUGCUGCUCGUUUUAAGGGCCUCAAAAGGACACCAGCGCAGAACUGCUUCACAAUACAAACCAACAAAGGGAAAGAUGGACAAAGACUUUCUCACACACUCAUCCUCUCUCUCUCUCUCUUAAAGAAGUCGUUCACCCCAUUAUGUCAUUAUGUGCUCACCCUCAUGACAGUCCAAACCCGUAUGCUGUUAUGUUUUCCAUGGGAAACCAGAGGACGGAUUUUGAAGAAUUCUUACGCAGCUCUUUUCCAAACACUCAAAAAAUAAAUUGAAUAAUAAUAAUAUAUAUAUAAUAUAUAUUAGCUUAUUUUUAAGAUUUAUGCAUUUUGAUAUCAUAACAAAAUUCCAUCAAAUUAAAUUGAACAAAAUUUAAUUAAUAAAACUUAAAAUAUUUUGUUUUUUUAUUUUAUUUUGUUGAAGAAUACUAAAUUAAAAUAUAUUAAGCUCCAACAUUACUAAUAAAUAAACAUUUUAAUAUAUAGCAGCACUUAUAUAGAGAGUGCCGCUCAAAUGUAACCACAUAUCAGAAAUUAUAAGUCAAAGGAAGUGACUGAAUUAAUAUAAAUAAUUACAUAUUUAAAUUAAUAUUAAAUUCUAUUUACAUGAAAUAAUAAAAAGUAAAAAUGCACACAUUUAUAUACAUACCUCAAUAUCAACCAAAUGCUAGUUUAUAUCUAUAUAUUAUUUACUGAUAAUCUCCACUGUAAAGCCCAAGUCUACAUCCAAAUUAAGAAAUGGUGCGUUUAUUGAUGCCAAAAUGGCAUUUGUUCGCAUAUGUAACAAGUAAUGAUAUAAUAUAAAUAAAUGCAAUUCGCCAUUUUUGUAGUCCACAAAAAAAAAAAAAAAAAACAGCAAA